AUGGUUGGACAGCACGAUGAAAAUAUGUUAUCUGAUAUGUUGCCUAUAUAUUACAGUAGGCUUUUUCCACAAAAUGUUUUUUGUAGAUGGCUCAGUUGUGGGAGCGCACCGCAGCCACUCUCAAACAGAGAGUUGUCAUUUACUCUAGCUGAUGAUGUUUAUUUGCGUUAUUUAUCUAUCAGUAAUCAAAAAGAAUUGCAAACAUUGCUACAAAAGAAAUGUCCACAUAAGUUGGAUAUUGGUGCAGUGUAUAACACCAAACCUUCUGUGGGGCGCCAUGAUGCAGUAGUGUUAGCAAGAGAACUCGUGUUUGAUAUAGAUCUUACAGAUUAUGAUGAAAUAAGAACAUGCUGUCAAGAAGCUAAAGUUUGUGAGAAAUGUUGGAUGUUUAUGGUGAUUGCUUGUGAAAUUAUUGAUAAAGCACUGAAAGAGGACUUCGGUUUCCAGAGCAUAUUGUGGGUGUUUUCUGGCAGGAGAGGUAUUCAUUGCUGGGUUUCAGACCAUGAGGCCAGAACACUGGACAGUCCUGGCAGAGGUGCAGUAGCUGACUACUUAUGUCUCAUCACAGGAGGAGAUAAUCAAAAUAAAAAAGUACAUUUGGGUAGUGAUAAUCUGCAUUCAAGUAUCAGACGGGCGCUUAAUAUUAUUGAUAAAUAUUUUGAACAGUUGUUGCAAGAUCAAGGAUUCUUCAGUACUCCAGAAAGACUAGAGAAGCUUUCAAAAAUGAUACCUGAUGAAGCAUUAAGAUCUCAAGUUCAAAAAAACCUAGACAGUAUGUCAGAUAAUUCACUUGAUAGAUGGAAAACAUUUAUAAACACAUAUGAAAAUUACUGUAGAGAGACAGGAAUCAAUGUCAGAAAAAUAAGAUACCUUGUUGAAGAAAUUAAAAUACAAUAUUGUUACCCUAGACUCGAUGUGAACGUAACUAAAGGUUUCAACCACUUGCUCAAGUCACCAUUCAGUAUACAUCCUAAAACUGGAAAAGUUUCAGUGGUAUUCAAACCAAGCAAUGCAAAGAAUAUUAAACUAGAUGAAAUACCUUCAAUCCAUAGUCUUUUGGAUGAUAGUUCCCCUGACAAUGCACAACAUCAAGCAAACAUGAGAACAGCUGUUAAAAAUUUUCAAGAAGUUGUAUUUUCUUUGGAAAAAUUGGAAGCAAUUAGGAAAAAAAAUGAUGCCAAUGUUUCACUAGAGUUUUGA